GACCUUCUCAAACCUUCCUCUGCCUUUGAAAUUAUCCAACUAAAACAAAUCUGCGAUCAGUCUUCACUGAAGAAAAAACUUUUGCGAAAGGAGAAAUCGAGACACUCGUUUGAUUUUGCUCAGUUUUUGAAAUCUGAUAGGUGAAGCUAUAGAGAGAGACCAACGUAGAUCCUAACCUCAUGCGACGUUUUCCUGCUCUUAUAGAGAAGCUCAAACCGAUCUUCACGGUCUCAGGAUCAAACGGUAAAGUGGUGAGAACCAUUGUACCAAAGAAACCUGUGAACGAGAACAUUAGUGAAAGCGAAACAAUGAAGACGAUGGAGGAAACGGUAGAGCCUAUGGUUGCCUUUAGUAGACCACCGCCAUUUUCACCAUUUGUCGGUCCAGUGCUCGUGUAUUCCCUUCUUCAAUCAUGGUCUAGUCGCGAUGAAGACGGCUAGUUGCUGAUCAUGAGAUGUCUGCCAAAGUUUUCUUUAACCAGAAUUUCUGAAAUCUUCUCUGAUAGAUAUAUAACUAAGACGUUUUGAGACGUUUUGUAGAGAUAAUAAAGGUUUGAUGUUGUUAAUAGUAAGUCGUUUUUUUUUUUUCUGAGCUUCAUGUGUGCUAUGUGAAUUAUAUAGUGAUCAAUUGUAGUAAUGUAGUUUAUAUGUAUUUUAUGGUUCCAUUCACUAGUAAACUUGUCGUCCAAUUUUAUGAAUUACAUUGUUUAUGCAUGCCA